AUGCCACCGGGGCCGCGGAAGCUGCCCAUAAUUGGAAACAUGCAUCAAUUGAUGGGUUCACUUCCCCAUCAUUCUCUCAAGAGUUUAGCCCAGAAACAUGGAGAUCUGAUGCACCUUAAGUUGGGAGAAAUUUCGACUAUUGUUGCAUCAUCUUCACGUACAGCGGAAGCGAUUUUGAAAACACAUGAUAUAGCUUUUGCAGAUAGGCCGGAGUUUCUAGCUGGGAGGAUCCUGUUCUACAACUGCUCGGACAUUACAUUUUCUCCAUACGGUGAACACUGGAGGCAAAUGCGGAAACUCGGCAUUUUGGAACUUCUUAGCAACAAAGUCGUCCGAUCUUUCGCCCCGAUUCGACAAGACGAGGUCACAAAACUUGUUUCCUCUAUUCGGGAUAAGAGCUGCAUUGGGUGGGUAUUUGGAGGGCAUCAAGACACACUGAUGGAGCUGAUAAAGGAAGUACUUGCGAAGUCAAGUGGGUUUGAUGUUUCUGAUAUUUUUCCAUCCUGGAAAAUCCUUCCUUACAUAAGCCGGGAGAAGCCCAAGUUGUUGGAUUUGCACAACAAGAUUGAUGAAAUUUUUGAGCUGAUCAUUCAAGAACAUGUUGAGAAUCCAAUCGGAGAGAAUAAUGGUGAGUUCGGACAAGAAGAUCUGGUUGAUGUUUUCCUACGGAUCAAACAGAGUGGAGAUCUUAAGUUUCCUGUGACCAACACCAAUAUCAAGGCUAUUUUCAUGAAUGUGUUCGUCGGCGGAACUGAAACUUCUGCAAUCGUGGUGGAAUGGGCAAUGGCAGAAAUGAUAAAGAAUCCAGAUGUAUUGAAAAAGGCACAAAGUGAAGUAAGAAAAUUAGUACCAGCGGGAAAGAAAACAGUUGAAGAAAUUGAUAUUCUAAAGUUGAAUUAUUUAAACUUAGUCAUCAAAGAAACUCUAAGAUUUCAUCCUCCAGUGCCAUUAUUGGUUCCACGAGACUGCAGAGAGCUAUGCGAAAUUGACGGAUAUAUUAUCCCUCUUAAAACAAGAAUUAUUAUUAACGCUUGGGCAAUUGGAAGGGAUCCUAAAUAUUGGGAUGAACCGGAGAAAUUCGUACCAGAGAGGUUUGAGAAUAAUCCGAUUGACUUCACAGGGCAACAUUACGAGUAUCUACCAUUUGGAGCUGGGAGGAGGAUGUGUCCAGGAAUUUCUUUUGGAUUAGCUAAUGUCGAAAUUCCGCUGGCUAAUCUUUUGUAUCACUUUGAUUGGAAACUCCCAGAUACUAGUAACGGUGUUGAUUUAGACAUGACAGAGGCCUAUAGAGUAACUGCACCAAGAAAAAACAAUCUUUUCUUGGUUCCCUCCAUGUGCGGAUGCGUUGGUAAUUAA